ACGGACCGUAGUGUAGUAGUAGAUGCGGCGGACGGAGUUACCAAAGAAGAAGGCCGCUCAAAAUAAUUAAAUUUGUUCAACCGUCAUCUUCUUCAACUGAUCUUAGCUCAACUAACACACUCUUUCUUCUUGGCGUCAAUUCAAUCAACCAAAACCUUUUUCUCCUAUCUAGCUCACGCUUUCUUCUUCUUCCAAUGGCGUCUUCUGCAGCUCUCGGAUCUCUCCAUCAGACUUUAGGGUCAGCCAUUAAUUCACAGAGUGAGGUUCACUCGCUUUCUGGAAACUGGUCUGCCUCUGGUAAUUCAUGUGUGCCACGGUGGAGAUUAUCCAACAGGAACAGCAACUACAGGCUCGUGUUACGUGCUAAGGCCGCUAAAUCUUCGACAACAACCAUAAGUGAUGGUUCAUCUGAUGCUAGUGUGUCAGACGGGAAGAAAACAGUUCGACGGAUAACUUUCCCGAAAGAAGUGGAGGUUUCUUCCUUGCCUUUCAUGGGUCUUAGAUAUUAGGUUCUUUAAUUUAUAAGUUUGGUAGGUGAUGAUAUGACGAUUUCCUCAAAUAUGCACUUUCUAGAUCGUCAGGAUUUUGGAUGCAUAACUUCAGGCAAUCUACUCUUAUAAUUUUUAAUCAUGACGUAUGGAUGUACCUUUCUUUAUAUGUUGUUAGAUGAAAUGUUGCAGGCACUGGUUCACGAGAUGUGUGAUGAAACUGAGGUUGCUGUGCUGCAACUUAAGGCAAGUUGGAGAUUUCGAGAUGAACCUAAAACGGAAGAUUGGAGCAGCCACAAACCCCAUUCCCGUGGCGGAUAUAUCUCCAACUGUAGCGCCUCCUAUUCCUUCUGAACCUAUGAAUAAAUCUGCUUCUUCGGCUCCUAGCCCAUCUCAAGCAAAGCCUUCCUCUGAGAAAGUGUCUCCAUUUAAGAAUACAUCAUAUGGGAAACCAGCAAAGUUGGCUGCUUUGGAGGCAUCUGGAUCCACCAACUAUGUGUUAGUCACAUCUCCCGCAGUGGGCAAGUUUCAGAGGAGCAGAACUGUAAAAGGAAAGAAACAAUCUCCUAGCUGCAAAGAGGGUGAUGCAAUAAAGGAAGGCCAAGUUAUUGGAUACUUACAUCAGUUGGGAACAGAACUUCCAGUGACGUCAGAUGUAGCUGGAGAAGUCCUUAAGCUUCUUUCAGAUGACGGAGACUCCGUAGGUUAUGGAGAUCCUCUGGUUGCAGUCUUGCCAUCUUUCCACGACAUCAACAUCCAGUGAUGAUGGUUUCUUCAGCCCAAUUCCAUAGCAAAUGAAUAGUCUUUCAUCCGGAGACUGUACUAUUCAUCUUCUCCUGUGUUUGUUCAAUGAAGAUUUGUAAUCUGUUUAGUUGCAAAGAGUCUACUUUGAUCUUGCUCUCAUCAUUUGUCACGUAAUGUGGAUUUUCUGCACCAGAGAAAAAAAACAAUUGUGGAAUUUUUAUAGAAAUGACGUGGCUAUCUUAUCUUCUCCGAUCAUCAAAUAAAAUCAAGGCUCAAAAAUUC